CCAAACUAAUACAGGCGGAGUAAUUAUAGUGGAAAUGUGAACGAUAGACAGACUUUCUACAUAAACAAGUACAAUAUGUUAUCAAAGACAGGAAGUAUACAAAUUUUAGAAAUGCUACUAGUCCUUUUCUUGUGUUGUGGAACAUUGAUACCCCAAAGUUUGGCUUCUACAACGCAGGAUAUCAGAUCUUCUACUGACAACAGUACAGAACAAACAAACGGUAUGACAAACACCUCAGAAUCAACAGUCACUGCAAAGCUUAUUACUAACACCUCAGAAUCAACAGUCACGGCAGCAAUGGCAACAACCACAGCAGUGAACGAUUUGUGGUGCUAUAGCUGUUCGGACACUAAGCGUGGUGCUGACUGUCAAGCAAACAUUAAAACUAUGGCCGGAGAGGCAGGAGAAGUACAGAGAAAGACAACACAGGACGGACGAAAUACAAGGAAGUAUGUAAAGAACUGCGGGGGAUACUACAAUUUCACCUAUUGUUUGAUUGAAACAAUAGAAAAUAGAGGAGAAGUACAUUCCUAUAUCCGAGAUUGUUCUGAUGGUGUCUCCUUCUCCUACAGCCUCGCUAAGCUGACUAACGUCCAUCCCGACAACCAGACGACAUGUGGCUACACAGGACAGGGAUACGUCAUAUGUGUACGUCUGUGUCGGUCAGACUUUUGUAACGGACCACGUCCUCUCUCAGCGGCGAAUACAGACAAAAAUAGGAAUGGACUGUUAUUUAUUUUAUUUAUGGCAUAUUAUUUGGUCUUCUAAAAAUGACUUGAUUUUGAAAUGCUGAGCAUUAUAAAAAGAAAAACAUUUAUUUGAUCCAAACUCGGCAUAAACGAAAAUUUGGGGAUCUUAUGGUGCAGCAUAAGGAAUUUCUGUUGAUAAUUGUACUUAUUAAAAAGUCUAAAUUUA